ACCUUCACGAAUCACAAUUACACUCUCCUCCAUAAAAACCUCUCACUCCUUCCAAAACUUCUCCUCCUCCCCCUCUCUCCAAUCUCCACACAUCUGUCUCCUUGUUCUGGAGAAACACAAAUGCCAAAACCCCUCUCUGACAACGACACCAACCACGAUGCCGUUUGAAUCUGAAGACAAUAAUCAAAAGCCACCCUCAACGACGACGACGACAAAAGUCCAACAAAGCAUGGGUCACCAGCCACCGCCCCAAACCGACCCGCUUCACUGCCCGCGCUGCGAUUCCACCAACACCAAGUUCUGCUACUACAACAACUACAACCUCGCUCAGCCCCGCCACUUCUGCAAGUCCUGCCGCCGCUACUGGACCCAAGGCGGCACCCUCCGCGACGUCCCCGUCGGUGGCGGCUCUCGCAAGAACUCCAAGCGCUCUCGCUCCACCACUUGCUCCUCCUCUUCCUGCUCGCCUUCCUCUUCCUCGCUCACCCAAGAGGUCACCUCAGUCGCUACCGCGAAACCCGUUUCCUUGUCCGCUGAAGUGAAGCCAGAGCCGGCCUCAGAUGUUGACCAUUUGAUGGACCUGAACGAGAACGUGGUCGGGAACGGGGGUUUUACUUCGCUGUUGAAUUCUCAGGGGCCACCUCCACCUGGGUUCUUGGCGCUUGGUGGGUAUGGGUACGGGUACGGAUACGGGUCGGCGUUUGGUCACGGGCUUGAUGAAGUGGGCGAUGCUUUUGGCCAUGGCAGCAAAGGGGUUUGGGCUUUUCCUGAGGUCGGUGACUUUCCAAGUACUGUCAUUGACCAUAACAAUAACAAUGGUGCUCCUUCCGGGUGCAACACGUGGCAGAUGACAACCGGUGCUGAUGGUGGAUUUGUCGAUGGGGAUUGCUUUGCUUGGCCGGAGCUCGAGAUCUCCAUGAUGCCUGCUUCAGGCAAAACUUUCAAGUAACAGAAACACUCUUUUCCCAUUUCCAGAAUUUCAACAACAACAAAAAAAAAUCAUUUUCCUUUUUUUUUUUUCUUUCUGGGUUAUGGGUUUUCCGAGUCGUACUGAAAUUGUGGGUCGUAUACUGGGUUUCUUAGUCUUUCUGAUCAUCUGAUGGUCUUUUUUGGGUUUUUGGGUCAGAGUCUCUGUGGUGGGUAUAGAAUAGAUCACUAUAGGUUGGAAAAGGUAGUUGCUUUUGGUUACUUCUUUUCGUCUUAGGGUUUUGUUUGUACUGGCUUUGUAAAUCUUUUGGGACUACCACCUGUCUUUGACAGAAAUGCUGCAAGAAAAUGGACAAAAAUGACUGCUUUUUGGGUA